AUGGUCGACUGCGACGCCCACCCCAACAACAGCGCUUGCGAGAAGCCCGUCAGCAGCAUGCUCAAGACCAUUGUGCCCAUAUGCAUUUUUGCCUUCAUCUUCAUGGGCGCCGGCAUCGUCUUCUUCUGCGUCAUGCGCAAGCGCCGCAUACAAGACCGCCUGGCCGAGGAGCGGGCAGCGGCCAAGUACCGCGACCUGGGCUUCGACGACGACGAGCCGGUAGGCCGCAAGGGGCCGCGGGCUCCCGCAGGCCCCAAGAACAACAACCGCGCGAGCAUGGGUCCGGCCACAGACCCGGCCUUCAGCUACGAGGCCAACCCGAACAUGUACCUGCGCAACGAAGGCAGCACCUACAAGCUCUCGCAGCUGCACCCCUCGCUCGAAGGCCAGCAAACACCCACCAAAAACAAGGAGUUUGUGUAG